AUGCAGUCCAAGUUCAUCCUCAGUGUCCUUGCUAGUGUAGCAGCUAUGGCUGUUGCACAGAACACCGACAAUGAUAACUCCAGCAGCAACUCAUAUAUCAGUUACGACACUAUGACCGUCACUGGUGUUUACACUCCAGUCGAGACCACCACCAACGUCAUUGUCUCUUCCACCUCUCUGCCACACUCCUUGGACACUGUUACCACUGCUAUCGUCGUCAGUAGCACAAGCCAGUCUGUGUAUACCACAAACACACUUAACAACAUGGGCUCCUCCGCAACGAAUGCUGCUGCUGCUACCACUACCACAGCCGCCUCCGCAGCUGGUGCCGGGAUGGUCACCGCUGGCGUUGGUGUUGGAUUCGCUGCCCUCAUGGGUGCUGUUGCCCUUCUAUAA